AUGGAACCCGCCAGUUACGAACAGCAAUGGCUCCCUGAAGAGAGAAGAGCGCCCGCUAGCUCGGUAAGACCUCGUGGCAGUAGCAUCGAUGCACAUGGUCCGACUAAAGGAUCUCCGAACAUAGAAAGUGGUUCAACGUCUACGCCAAGAAAAAGCAUGAAAGAAAUGACUAAAGCAGAAAGAAGAGCACUUCAAGAGAAACAAAGAGCGGAAAAGGCGGCUAAAGCUGCUGCUUCAGCGACUACAUCAGCAAACAAAAAAGGUGGAUCAUCCGAUGCAACGGGACAGGAUUCCUCCCCAUUGACAAAGGCAAAGCCCAGAGACAAAGAGAAUAAAGGAAAAUCAUCAAUCGCCAAACUUGAUAAUAAUGAUUUCGGUUCCUCAAGUGGUUCUAAGCAAGUAGCCCUUCUUGCUCAUCUUGCUCAUCCCACUCGACCAUCGACUUCACCUCCCACAAUCGCCGAUAUACAUCCAGCCGUUCUGACACUUGGUUUGCUCUUUUCAGAACACAAGAUCACUGGAUCCAAUGCAAGAUGUGUAGCUACUUUGAGUGCAUUCAAGAAAGUAAUACAAGAAUAUCGCACACCAGAGGGUACUACAUUGAGUAGGCAUUUGCAGACUGUGUUGAAUUCGCAGAUUCAAUAUCUUGUUGAUUGCCGGAAUAUGAGUGUCAGUAUGGGGACUGCUAUUAGAUAUUUGAAAAUGGAGAUUAGUACAGUUGACAUAGAUCUCAGUGAUGAAGAGGCAAAAAUGCUGCUCUGUCAGAAGAUUGAUAACUUUAUACGAGAACGUAUAACAAUUGCAGAUAAGGCCAUAAUAGCCUACGGGUUGCAGAAAAUACAUAACGGAGAUAUUAUAUUAACAUACGCAAAGUCAUCCGUAGUAGAGGCUCUGAUAUUGGAGGCACAUAAAAUGGGAAUUCAAUUCAGUGUUGUUAUUCUGGACUCGAGGCCAAAAUUUGAAGGCAAAAAUCUUUUAAAAAAUCUUGUUACAGCCGGAAUAAAAUGCACAUACUGUUUGCUUCAUUCCUGCGGUUUUGCAUUCAGACAUGUUUCCAAAGUCUUCCUUGGUUGCCACGCAGUAUUAUCCAAUGGUGCUCUUUACUCGAGAGUAGGGACUGCCAUGGUUGCAAUGAUGGCUAAAGAUCUCAAUAUACCUGUAAUUGUAUGUUGUGAGACGUAUAAAUUUACUGACAGAGUACAGCUGGAUUCUUUUGUAUGGAACGAGGAAGGUGAUCCAUCAGAACUGGUGAAUAUAUCAGCCAAUCCAAUACCUAAACCCGGCCCACUCUCUUCCUGGCUUGGACAACCCGAUCUUAAGCUAUUGAACAUUCUUUAUGAUGUAACACCUUCAAAGUAUAUUACAAUGGUUAUUACAGAAGUUGGUAUGAUUCCAUGUACAAGUGUACCAGUCGUAUUACGCGAAUACAAGGCUAUGAUUCAAUUAUAG